UUGGUGGAUCGAUCGGCACUCGAACAGAGUCUAAUUUUGGAUGCUGCUGGCGGCGAUUGGCGGAUAUGGAUAUGGUCGGGGGGAUAUAUACAUCCACAUAUCUGUAUAUAGUAAGAUAUAGAGUGAAAGAAAGAUGCUGAAGUCCCGGACAUCUCAUCUCAUUCCCAUUCUCAUUCGGCGGACAAACGCGUGACGGAACGGAUGUGUGCAUUUGCCUUCGGAUCGGGCUGAGAAAGAGUGUUUAGAUUUCUUGAUUCUCGGACUAAAUAUAUUCGUGGGACUAUCGGCCGAUACUGCAACGAUACUACAACGGUGAAAAAAUAAAGAAUCAAUUCGCACUUGGCCGGAAGAAGGUGGCAAUUGAGACAACUCAACGCCUUCGCCGAACGCAAAAAAAUUACAAAUAGAAAAAAAGGCAAGCAGAGAUCUCGAAGGAAAACAAAUAAAAGAAGUUCAAGUCAAUCAAUCGAUCAGAUCGGGCCAUAAAACUAAAAAAAUACAAAAAAAAAAAAAGAGAAAAAGAAAAACAGACAAUCGAGCAAAAUGCUAGGAAGGAAUUAAUUUUUCUUCCCAUUUAAAUUACAAUCCCGAUACUGACUGACACGCGCGAAAGGUUGUGGCGAUUUUAUUUCAACACUUUUGUUUUUUUUGCAGUGUCUCUGCCUCUGGUAGUGUGUGUGUGUGUGUGUUAAGUGUGUGUGAGAGCCAAUAAUCAAAUUUGACAACUGCGCGAAUAACGUUCUGAGAUCAAAACAUCCCGCCACUGCCAGUUUUAAAAACAAAUCAAAAUAAAUGGGCCAAGUAUUCAGUGCGAUUCGAUUUUUUUUUCCUGUGACCUGCCAAUAACUGACUCCCAGCCAGAACUACUGUGGACUCUAUAAUAUCGUUCAGAUAUCGGAAGGAAAUUGGCAUCUAGAUGACGCACCUGAUGGGCCCCACGGAGUGCGCCAGCGCCAUGAUGGGCUCCUCGAUGCAGUUCCACGACAACGGCCUGGGCCUCAACCUCACCGACUACAGCUGCUACACCAACGACUACUGGACCACGCCCUACCUGACCGGAGGACUCAGUCCCAUGAAACAGAUAGAAGCCUGCAUCCAGACGGCUGGCAAGGAUCGCAGCUCGUACAAGCCCCUGGAGCAGAUCGACGCCAAGCUGGCGGACAUCGAGACGCACAGUACUGGCAGCACUGGGACAGUGGCCAGCAGCCACAGUAGUGCCAGCAACACCUCCAGCCCCACAGCCCGCCCUAGCCAGGACGUCCAGGGCACGUCCUUGCUGCCCGACUAUCCCAAUGGGGGGAGUGAGGGCGCGACAGGAUCAGGCAGUACCGAAGUGGGUGGAGCCAGUGGAGGAGCCGGGGCCACCUCGGCCAAGAAAUACAAAAGCCAAUACAAAAAAGACAGCUCGGCGGAAAAUAGUUCCAGCAAAGCGGCCAUCAGUAGUAGCAAGGCGGAACCCGAACAAGUACAUCCUUCCCUGGCCCAGGCCGUCGUCGUCCUGGAGACGAAGGCACUGUGGGAUCAGUUCCACGCCCAGGGCACCGAGAUGAUCAUCACGAAGACGGGCCGCCGGAUGUUCCCCACCUUCCAGGUGCGGAUCGGAGGCCUCGAUCCCCAUGCCUCCUACAUCUGCAUGAUGGACUUUGUGCCGAUGGACGACAAGCGCUAUCGCUACGCCUUCCACAACUCCUGCUGGGUGGUGGCCGGGAAAGCGGAUCCCAUCUCCCCGCCCAGAAUCCAUGUGCAUCCCGACUCCCCGGCCGUCGGCGCCAACUGGAUGAAGCAGAUAGUGUCCUUCGACAAGCUGAAGCUCACCAACAAUCAAAUGGAUGAGAAUGGGCAUAUUAUUUUAAACUCUAUGCACCGCUACCAGCCCCGAUUCCACUUGGUUUAUUUCGCCCAGAAGAAUGCCUCCUUGGACGAAAAUGCCCAUUCGAGCAACUUCCGUACUUUUAUAUUUCCGGAGACGAGCUUUACGGCCGUAACUGCCUACCAGAAUCAGAGGGUGACACAGCUGAAGAUUUCCAGCAAUCCUUUCGCCAAGGGCUUUCGGGACGAUGGCACCAAUGAUGUGACCAGUGGCGGAGGCAGCACCAUGUCCAGCAUGAGUCAAGAAAGCCAGGCUCGCAUGAAGCAGCAGCAGCAACAACAACAGCAGCAGCAACAGCAACAGCAACACCAGCAGCAGCAGCAACUGCAACAGCAACAGCAGCAACUCAAGGAGCAACGCUCCGCAGGCAGCAACUUCAGUCUGGGUUGCACGGAUCUCGGAGUGGAGCAGCAACAACAGAAUGGUUUGCAACUGCCUGCCACGCCCUCCAGCAGCUCCACCUCCGGCAACUCUCCGGACCUACUCGGCUACCAAAUGGACCAGCAACUGCAACAGCAGCAACAGCAACAGCAGCAACAUCUGCAGAGCCAGCAAUCCCACCAGCAACAUCAGGCCGGCCAGCAGCAAUCGCUGCUCCAUCAGGGCCAGAAUCAGGCUCAAUACGGAAGCUAUCAUCAUGGCUAUCCGCAGACCCAGAUCCAGGCCCAUCCCCUCACCCCGCACUCCAGCAGCUCCGCCUCCCCGCCAGCAGCAGCAUCUGCAACACCCGCCGCCAACACGGGAGCCACACAACUGAACAUUUAUUCGAGUAUCGGGCAGCCGUACGCCCAGGAGCAGAGCAACUUUGGAGCCAUCUACCAUCACAAUGCCGCGGCAGCUGCUGCCGCCCACUACCACCAUGGCCACGCCCACUCGCACGGACAUGCCCACGGCCAUGCCCCCUAUGCCACGGCGUACGAUAAGCUGAAGGUGUCGCGGCAUGCGGCGGCGGCGGCCUACGGAAUGGGUCCUACGUACCCGAGUUUUUACGGCUCGGCGGCCCAUCACCAGAUGAUGCGACCCAACAGCUACAUAGAUCUGGUACCGCGCUAGAGGGGAGGUCCUUGGAGAGCCAUGACGCACUGUGCUGAAAGUGGGCUGGUGGAGGAGUAAGUUUGGAGACUAUGGGCGUGUAGAGCUCCACUAAGUCAACGAUCUCCACUAGGUCUUAUACAUGAGAGUCUUAUAUUCUUGAGGGUCUUAUAUUCCUCAAGGGAUAAUCAUCAAAAAAUGCCCUAAAAAACUGUAAAUUUUAAAAAACAAAUCUAAAAAUUCAUGAUCAGUUAAAGAUUUAUUAAUUCUGUCUAUAAAAAAUAUCUAGAAUACUCCGCCUGAUAUUAGCCAUGAUUUUUGUUUCAGUGCAGAAUUCAAGUAUUAGCAGCUGUUGGGCAAAAACCAAAAAAAAAAAAAAAAUUAAAACCAAAUAUAAAUGCAACAAGUAUUACAAGUAUUUCUAUAAUUACAUUUUUUUUCUCUAGCCUAGAUCUUAAUUUUAUUCAUGUGUGUGCCAACAACUAUUUUUUUUUCUCGCUGUGUACUUUGUAGUUGUAAAAAUGUAAUUUUAAUGAAUACCUUUAAUCUAUACUCGUAUGUAUUUUUUUUCUUAACAUUUUAGUCACUUUUCUGAUUUUCUGAUUUUCUGAUUCAAUGUAAAUACCGAAAUACUGAAACUGAAACAGUUUGAAGAAAUAAUAAAAACAGAAAACAUUUAAACCACAAAACCAAAAAACAUAAAUUAA